AUGUCUGUCUCUCUCGGCCGCCAGGGCAGCACCAGCUACAGCUCCCGCAGCAUCACCAGCAACAGAAGCAUGCAGGUGGUCGGAGGAGGAGGCCAGACCCGCAUCUCCACUGGCGGGCCCCUCCAGUUCGACAGGAGCUUCCAGACUGGGGGGCCUCUUCUGGCUGGUGGGUUCGUCCAAAACCGUGCACCCAGUGUGUACGGGGGAGCGGGGGGAUAUGGGACACGCGUCUCCCAGUCCUACUCAGCCUUCUCUCCUGGGUCCCAGUUUGACACUGCAGUGAUCGGCAAUGAGAAGGGGACCAUGCAAAACCUCAACGACCGCCUGGCCACCUACCUGGAGAAGGUGCGCACCCUGGAGGCAGCCAACAGGAAGCUGGAGCAGCAGAUCAGAGAGUUCUAUGAGAAGAAGACUAUUAUCUCCAGGGACUACACCGCAUACACCGCCACCAUCUCUGAUCUCAGAGCUAAGAUCGCAGCGAGUUAUUCAGAAAAGCAACGAGUCAUCCUGCAGAUCGACAAUGCUCAACUGGCUGCAGAAGACUUUAAAAUAAAGUUUGAGUCGGAGAUGAACAUGCGUUCAAACGUCGAGGCAGACGUGAUGCGUCUCCGGGGCGGCCGGGACAGCCUGACCCUGAACAUCUCUGACCUGGAGAUGCAGAUAGAAGGUCUGAAGGAGGAGCUGGCCUACAUGAGGAGCAACCACGAGGAGGAGAUGAACAUGCUGAGGGUCCAGCAGGGCGGUUCUGUUAAUGUGGAGGUGGACAGCACAGAAUCUGUGGACCUGGAUUUGGUCCUGAAGGAGGUCAGGGAGCAGUAUGAAGCUCAGAUGAUCAAGAACAGCCAAGAGUUGGAGAAGUGGUUCCAACUUAAGAUGGAUGGUCUCAACACGGAAAUCACGGUAUAUACAGAUGAGGUGAAGACAUAUCACUCACAGCUGACAGAGCUGAAGAGGACCUACCAGAGUUUGCAGAUCAGUCUGCAGAGUGAAGUCUCCAGGAUGCAAUGCGUACAGCAGAACUUGGACGAAACGAAGAGUCGAUUCGGCUUCCAGCUCAGCCAUCUGCAGAUGACCGUCCACGCGCUUGAGACCGAGCUGCAACAGCUGAACGAAGCAAUACUCAACCAGAAAGAUGAAUACAGACAGCUGCUGGACAUCAAGAUGAGGCUGGAGCUGGAGAUCGCUGAGUACAGGAGGCUGCUGGGCGGAGAGAAAGAAGUUAAAAAGGCUGUGAUCAUCAGCAAGGUUGUGGAAGUGGAAGAACAUGUUCCUCACAUCGAGAGGAGAACCAAGACCAUCACGGAGGAGAUUAUUGAUGGGAAGGUGGUCUCCUCCUCUGUUGACACCCAAGUGGAGGACAUUCAGUAACAAUCUCCUUCCACUGAACCUACAUUUGUACUUUAAUUAGGCCCCUAAAUGUUAUAAUAC